AUGGAGGUGGUGGAAGGAAAUAUUUACGUUAAGAACAGCCAUACGAGGGACUAUGUUUAUGAUCCUAAAGAAGACAAAUGGGAUGUUGAAAGAGCAUUCGUGAUGAUUGAGAGAAAGUGUGAGAUAAAGAAUGUAUGGUACCGUUGUGGCCGUAGUCAAAGUUGCUCGUGGUAUGACACAAAGCAUGAACAAUGGAAAGUUAUCAAGGGUUUAGCUACAUUGAAUCGGUAUUGUCGUUCUGGUUUUCUUGAAAUAACUAACUAUGGUGAGAAACUCUUAAUUUUGUGGGAAAUAUUUGCGAAGCCUCGUCAUCAAAACAAGAAUAUUUGGUGUGCGGUGAUUGCACUUGAAAGACGCAUCGAUGGUGAAGUUUGGGGAAAGGUUGAGUGGGCUAGCAUUGUGCGUACGGUUCCUAGUUCAUAUGUUUUCUUGCGUUGUGAAGUGAAACCGGUUUGA